AUGUCAGAGAAUACCGCGAAGGUGACCGCGGAGUACUUCCCACCGGGAGAAAAGGGUAAGCCAGCGCCCGCGCCCAUCAACAUCUCGCCAGAAUACAUCAUAAAGCCCGGCCUCAAGUCCGUCGACGCGAAGAGCGCCGACAAUCCCGAUGUCACCACUACAAGGCAGGUGACUCCGGAUGGCAUUGUCAUUACCCGAAAGAAAGAGAAGUUCGCCAUUAAGCCCGAUGUCGAGGCAGUCGUCGUCACGGCUACCGCAAGACCUCCAAGCCCUCCGCCGUCGCCGCCUCCGCAGCAGGCCAUCGCCACAGCGCCGGCGCUUACUCCGUUCCACCAGAACUGCCUCUGUGUACGACCAGUGCCUCCGCACGCUCUCAUACCUUUCGUGCGACCCAUACAUCCGCCAGUGCCAUUACACCCGCCACCCUUGAUACCGAGAGAAGAUCGGCGAGAGUCGGCAGCCGAGCCCCCGGAGAGAUUCAGCCGCAGCGUCCAGACUGACUGCCCCCUCCACUUCAAGGCCACUUUGGAGAGUGAGACCAUCGAGUCUUCUCCUGAUAACAUCACAGGUAUCCCGUUCACGCCUAUCUACCUGCCGGCUUCGAUGCAGAGGCAGAGGAACAACUUCGCUGUCCACGAGUCGACGCUGGCUCCGCAGCAGAACUUCAGAAUCCUUUCGCCGCCCCCGGUGAUCGAGACUGCGGCUGGUGAGGCGCAGCGCGCUGUCGUCACCCUCGAGAACGAGUACGAUAUCAAAUUUCCAGCUCCUCCCCGGCGUGAGCCGUCAGUCAGGGCGAUCGGCUGCGGAUCAAUGGAGGAAGAUGACUUCCUCGGCAACGCAUCAAUGGUCGCACAGACCACCAUAAUCCUCAACGAGGGCACGCCGGGCACCCCCGGGAACAUCAUCGUGCGUCGCGGCAGCAGCGCCACGAACUUGGCAGCUGCGCCCAUGGCGACAAUAACGCUGCCUCCUACCGGGCAGCGAAUGACGACGCAACAGAUCACAGUCCCGUCCGUCGGACCGGUUCAAGUGUCCCCGCCACAGAUUACCAUUGCCCCUCAGCCGCAGACCAUAUCGCAAGUGCAACAGACAACCUCGGGCGCCCAACCGAUGGCCACCAUCAACAUCACCUCCCGCAUCCGCGACCUGACCGACCAGGUGAUGCGCGAGUCGCAGCGCGUGAGCCGCGCCCGCGACAGGCUGCAGCGUCGCCGUCCGGCUCCCCUGAACCGCGUUUAUUCGGCCGAGGACAAGCUGUACAACCUCAUGACCCUGGAGAACAAGCUGGCCAACGAGAUCGCCAACUACCGGACAUCUGGACGUGUCCGGGACCCCGAGUUCCUCUCGACGCUGGCGGAGACGGAGGACAAGCUGAGGCGUUUGAUCAGCGCGGAGAACGACGUGGCGCGCGACAUGCGCCGCAUCAAGAAGGAGAGCUUCAAGCAGGAAACCUACAAGGUAAUCAGCCCGCGCCGGUCCAUCACGCCGGCCUCGUCGGCGACGUCGACCACCAUGUCUUCGUACAGUCCGUCGUCGACACCUAUACCCAUGCCUCCCAUGUAUCAAAUGCCGCCCAUGACGCCCAUGACACCGCCUCCACCGAUGAUGCCGUCGCCGCAGAUGAUGAUGAUGGGCGGCCAGCCCAUGAUGGGGGGCCCGUGCCAAAUGAUGCAGCCGGGAAUGAACAUGAUGGGAAGCGGGCAGCAGCAGCAACAGCAGCGCUUACCCGGUCCUGGCAUGUAUCCGAGUCUGAUGCGCAUCAGCAUUGAGUCUCCCGAGUGCACUUGCACGAGUUUCACGUCGUCGAGCACCGUCUCUUCCGGCUCGGACUCGUUGCCCAAGAAACAAGUGUCCAAGGACGAGACCAAGGUGGUCGUGGAAAUGCCCAAGUCCCCGCCUACACCGGGGACUCCGACAACCCCGCCACCGCCUCCGGCUGCGCCUGCUACGCCACCUCCGCCACCUAUGUCGCCCAUGAUGUCGCCUAUGAUGGCAAUGGAGAUGGAGGAGGCGAUGGAGGAAGGUGGACGCCACCACAAAAGGAAAAGGCAUCAUAAGAAGCAUCAUAAGAAGCAUCAUAAAAAGCACCAUCAUAAAGACAGCGAUGACAGCUCGGGCACGCCCUCUCCGGACGACGCCGAGGGUGGUCACCACAAGAAGCACAAAAAGAAGCACAAAAAGAAGCACAAGAAGAAACACAAGAAGAAGCACAAGAAGAAGCACCACCGCGAAUAA